UAUAAACUAUCAAAUUUAUAAUUAUUGGAAAUAGCAACCUGUCAUAGCAACAUGCAUGUUUACUGCUGCAAUUCCUGCAAACCUUCUUAUGUCUACAGACACAUAAAAAUACUCCUGGGUUCAAAUCAUUUACUUUAUAUCUUAGCAAUGGUGAUAGUAAAGUAUGAAGGAAUGUGGAUUUCUGGAAGCCCUGCUGGCAAAUAUAUUGUAUGCAAUAAAUGUAUGCAAUUUUGUAAUGAACAUUGAGAAAAAAUAGUAAAUUUUCUACAUCUUCUAUAUACUAAUGAAAAUUUAGAUGAAGGUCGACUUCUUCAAGUUACUGCUGGAGUGAAAAUAUCAAAUAAACGAUCAGAAGGAAAGUUUAGUGAUGAAGAGAUUAUCACCACUCCAUUGUAUGUUUUGCUUGUUUGUCUUUUUAUUUUCAUACUUGUUUCCAGGUCUCCACUCUUCUAGAACACUUUUAUUAUACUUAGUGAUUUUAAAGCAGAGUCUUAUUCACUGACAGAAAUGUUGCCAGAUAGUGAAUCUUUUGUUAAUGGCAAGAUAGAAGAAGUAACCCUCACCAUGGAAACCGAAGACAAAAAUGUAGAAAUUGUACAAAGAUUUUGCUAUUACAGUUGAUAAAUUUUCUCUUUUAUAAUAUCUUAGUAUACCAAUUUACAAUAGAUUGACAUUAGGAGAUACAUCUAAGAAUAAUUCCAGUCCUUCAGCAUCAGCUGUAAGUCAUUUAACCCAAGAAAGUGUGCUACAACACUCCUCACUUGCAGAUUAUGGUGUUUCACCAGAAGGUAUAUCCAGUACAUCACAUGGCUAUAUAUUUCCAAGUGUCAAUACACUACGUACAAUUAACGGUCGCGCAACGUUUACAAAUCUUUUUCUACCUCCUAUUAAUCCAAGUUAUUCUUCAAUUACUGAAGACAACCCAGACGGUCAUGCAAGUCAACCUCAAAAAUGGAAACGAGUCAUUAAGAAAGGAAGUGCCCAGAAUAGUACAACAGAUGUGUCAGAUUAUAAAGAAGGGAAGCGUAGAAAAGGGAAGAAAGACGAAAAACUUAAUGAUGAUAAAUGGAAAUACUGUAAACCUGGUGAUUACGUUAUUAUCAUUCAAGAAAUUACUAAUCCUCCAUUUUUUGGCACAACUCUACAACCAGCUUAGUGUCACGUAAAAGUUACUUCAAAGCAGAAGAGAGCAAAAAGCAAAAUGGACAAAAAAUAAAUAUUUUUUAUUCGUGUGCAUUAUAUUUUGAGGACGUUAAAAAAAAUGUAUAUAUUUUACAAUGUGCAGUUUAGCUGCUUUAAA